AUGAAAGCUGCUGCGAUGUCGGUUUGGAUAUUCAUUAAUGUUUUAUGCUUCGGUAUGUGUGGCUAUUUGUAUCUGAUCUGGUAUCAGUACUGGAUGUACGAAGAGAAACAGCGGAAUUUCACUAAAUCAGAUAAUCCACCCAAAACAAUGAUAUCCGGCGUAAAUUACGCGGCGGAAAGAAACAUAUCAAAGUUGCUAUUGAAUUCUACUUUAAGAAUUGAGUUCCUUCGGAAAAAUCGGAGGUCGGCAGUGGGUGGUUUUUGGAGCAAUGGUGGGUCUCGGCAGAUAUGGAACAAGACAUCAGGUUCAUACCAUGUUCCGUCGAAUAACAUUGUGAGGAAGAGCAACGGCAGUCCCAGGUUCCCGAACAUCGACCGACCCUUACUGGAGUUCGACAAUGAUAAGUACAUUUGCAACGACUUGGCUUCCUCGGAUUGCGAAGAACGAACCGCCAAGUUUAAAGAGCUCUUGUUGAAAGAGUUUCAUAGGGUUCUAAUGGGCGAUAGUAAAGUUUUUACAUCAGGCUUAGAUGUUCACAAUACUUAUGAUGUUAAAUAUGAUAGUAACAAUCCCAAGAAAAGUUCUCGAGAGGAGGUGAUGUGCGCUUUGAAAAGUGUGCAGUUACGAACAAUUACUGCUGAUGAUGAACCAUUUUCGAGGCUGGGGUUCAAGAUUCCGAGGGCACCUUUACAGGAACAGAGGCAUUUCAACACUUGUGCUGUUGUUACAAGCGCUGGGGCGCUGCUGGGCUCGGACUUAGGAGAAUUUAUAGCGUUCUACGCGCGCCCUAAAGAGCCAAUAGACCACCUGACGGGACCCUACGGGACCGAUGUUCAGCCGGGGUUGCAAGGAAAGCGCAAUAAAAUCCCGUGA